AUGGCGCGCCCCCAGACCUCACCGAUCCUGCCGCAGCUGCGGAACGCCACAACAUGCCCCGAGCAGUCGGCAGCUCUACAGGCGCUCAAGAAUGAAAUCGUCGGGCACCACCAAAAGAAGGAGACGUGGGCCAGCUUGGGCGUACUGGAACCCGUCGUCAAGACUCUAACGUCGGUUCGGCCUGCAGCCAAGGCGAACACUACAAAUAAGGAUGCCAGGCCACAGCCUUCUGAGCGCCGGACCCUUCCAGACGAAGACAAGGUGAGGCUGCAAGCCUUGCAGAUCAUCACGAGCUUUGCCAAGGGAGGUCCUCCUUUCCUACCACCCAUCCACUCCUCCCGAGCGCUCCCUGCAAUCCUCGCUUGUACAUCACCCAAUGCCAAUGCGCCUCAGAUCGUCGUUGCCGCUCUCAAGGCCGUCGCCAGCAUUGCAGAUGCGGCAGCUCUGGCACCGCCGUCGUCCCCUCUGGAUAUCCCAGCUCUUGCCGACACCAUCUUCACGUCGCCGUAUCACCUCGAGUCCCUGUGCCUUAUUCUUGCCACAACGUCAUCGAAUCACAUGCAGCAGACCCAGGUGGAGCUAGCUGCCAGCUUGAUAUCUCGCAUCUGCAGGGAGGAGCGGCACCAGCAGGCUCUGGUAAACUCUGGUGUUUUGGAUAUGCUCGCGUCGCGCUUGGCCAGCUUCGCCGUCAGCCAGGGCCAUGUUGUGCCGGGGGCCGAGGCGCAAGCCUAUAGCGACGGCUUAUACGAAGCCUUUCCCAAGGAAGCUCCGCAAGGAACCCAGAUCGGCCCCGUUCUCGGCGCCAUAGCGGCCAUCCUCGGAGACUCGAAAUACAGAGCAAUUCGGCUGAUUAACUCCCCGGCCAUUCUCGCCGUCUUUCCAAAUAUUGCAUUCGAGAUUAUCGGCGUGAGCGGCUCUCAAGUGCAGAAUCAGACGGCUAUGGAUCAUCUACUGCCCGCUCCCUUCUCCGCCGCUCCCAACCCUCCCCAAUCCCGCCACACAUCUUCCGUCAACACCCCAGAUCGCCCUGAAUCACGAACCCCGAGUCAAACGCCGGGGCCCAGAUUCGUCUCUCCCACUGCCUUGGAAGCGAGCCUCGAAAACGGCUCAUCCGAGGACAUUGAGAGCCCCUUCAUCCCCUGGCUGAUACUGCAGGCCAGGUCCCUGACCGGCUACGGGAGACUCAUGGCGGCCACAAUUGUUACUUCUCUCUUCAAAGCAGGUCUAGGGGUCAAGGAAGGGAGGGAAAACACCCUCGGCAUGCUCAUCGUGCCCAUCCUCAUUGACUUGAUUGCCAAGAAUGACAAGGAUGACACUGAGUCGCAAAGCUCCUUCGAUGAGACCCAGCAUCUCAUCCUGGAGCGGGCACCGGCAACAUUGGCCCGCCUCAUCACUGACAGCGAACGCCUCCAGAAGGCUGCGUACGACUGCGGUGCCGUCAAGACGUUGACCAAGCUUUUAAGACGCGCCUACCGCUCCGUGUCCAUCCCUGAGGCAGCCAAGUACUGGUCACCCCAACCUGAUACCGAUAUGGAAGUGGAAGGCCCGGCCAGCGCGACACGACUAGGCGAGGCCGGUCAAGACCCCCUGCUUUCUCAUCGUGUGCGGCUCAGGGAGUCAACGCUCAAAGCUAUUGGCGCUGUCGCUUCCGGAAAAGAAGAUUAUAGGAAAGCCCUGGUUGAUGAGGACUUCAUCCCUUAUGUGAUGGAGUCGCUCAAUGAGUACCCCAAGCGGCCUAAGCAGAUUAAGGAUCGACUCAAGGACAAGCCUACCCCGGAGUCUGAAGCGCAGCCCAGCGUCUCAUCGGCAUAUGGUGCCAACCCGCUGUCCGUCAUUGUUGCGGCCUGCCACGUUAUCAGGAUGCUUUCGCGAUCCAUUAGCAUCCUGCGGACGACUUUGGUUGACCACUCCGUUGCCAUGCCCAUUUUCAAAUUCCUGAAGCAUCCGGAUGUUGAUGUCCAGGUUGCGGCCACGGCUGCUAUCUGUAACCUGGUCUUGGAGGCCAGUCCAGUUCGUGAGCUCCUGGCUGAAAACGGCGUCAUGAAGAUCCUCUGCGAGCAUGCUCACUCUGAGAACCCUGCCCUGCGGCUCAAUGCUCUGUGGGCGCUCAAGCAUUUUGUCAUAGCCGUGAGCCCCGACGUCAAGCGAUCAUGCUUGGAACUGCUCGAUCCAGAGUGGCUAGUGCAGGUCAUUCACGACGACGGUCAAGAGGCUACCGCGUAUAGCACGCAGGCCAUGCAGGCGCUGGCCGACGAUGACGAGGAAAUGGAUGCAUCCCCAUCCGAGGAACAGGUACGGUGGAUGUUUGCGGCGAAUGGCAGCCUGCAAAAGCUGGAUGCUUCAAGAUCGACCAAGCUACGUCAAGCAGAAGACAAGCUCGCCAGCAUACGCGACUCCGAACUCGACUCGUCUAGGAAGUCCCGGAGCGACGACAUUGCGAUCCAAGAACAAGGCUUGGAGCUCAUUCGAAACCUGGUGGGCCUCGGCGUGGGUGCCUCGGCAGAAUCGCCGUAUGAUACCACCGAGAUGAUUGACUACCUCUUUAGGACCAUUGGACAAGAGCGGCUCUUUGAUAUCCUGGCCUCGAAACUGCGAGCCAGAGUGCUUCACCCUUUCUCUCGACGAACCCCAACCCCUGGACAGGAGACCAGGCUCAUCCACCCGCAUGCCAAGAUCAUCAUUCCAGUCAUCUAUAUCCUCGUCCACAUAGCUGCCAGCACGCUCCAGCACCGACAGCUCGUCAUGAGGCAGACGGACUUGCUUAGGCUGGUAUAUCAGCAGAUUAGCAACAGGGACAAGGAGGUCCGCGUUGCCGUCUGUCACCUCAUCAUCAAUCUUACCGGUCAGGAUGACGAGGGAGAGGGACAGGCUUGGUCGGUGAGGGCAACAGAGCUGAAGAAGCUGGGGUUCUACAACCGGAUGGAGCAUCUGAAGCACAAUGACAAGGACCUCGACGUGAGGGAGCGAGCCAGGACUGCGGUCUACCAGUUGGAGAGGGCGAUUGCAUUCUAG